AUUCAGGCAGUUAUGUGCACCUACAGUGCGAACAUGGCCACUGUAUAUGCCACUUUACUUACCAGUCUGAUGAUAGAGGUUAUAAUUCAACUACGUCUAAUAGAAGAGACCUUGCAGUACACCACUGACAGUGAUGGGUUAAAACGGUGUAUCGAACGGCAUGCCCAGGUUUUACUGUAAACAUAGGUAAACUUACUGAAGUACAUACAUUUUCAGGUCCAGCGUUCAGAUAUGUUGUUUAUUCUACCCUAUAUCAUUGUUAUCCUCACGAUUAUGUAUAGUCAGUGUUGGUGUAGCAGCGAAA